AUGUUGCCGGAAGCGGGCACAAUCAAGCAGUCCCUGCGGUCCACCCUGUGGGGCGUCAUGCUGCUGGAAUGGCAGGCACGGCUCGAAAAGAUCGAGAAGUAUCCACAAGCAUUACAGACUGCGGAAACAGCCGGCUGGACAUCGCGGUCUCCGCUCCAGUGGGCAUACACGGAGUGGAACCCGGAACAGAAGAAGGCACUCCCACCCAGCAGAGGGACGCCAGAAAGAGCGGUGGCCAACCUGCUCAAAAACACGGCCAAGGCCGAAGUGGUCGUGAUGCUCCUGACCCUCACCAUCCACCAGAACGCAGCCGAGAUCUACAAGGACCUGGACAUUCUUGUUAACAACACUGCAAGCUCGGGUGAUGGCCCCAUCACUGGACUCGGUGCACUGAAUGGUGCUCUUAUGCAGGCCGUCAGAUCCAGUGGAGCUACCAACAUCGCCAGGGACUCAGCCUGGUCUUUGAUGUGGCCUGGAUGGCAGAGGCCGACUCGCCAACACGAUGCAGCAGAGUUUCUUCAGCACGUAUGCCAGAAGACUGACUGCGCAGCAUUGCUGGGGGGAUGGGAGGCUAGACGACCCAGGGCUGGAGCAUACGAAAUUAUUGACGAGCAGUUCACCUGUCCGCACAUCAGGCUCCUCUACACUGAUCGGGGGAUCCGCAAGACUCGACAGACCUUUCAGCUCCAAAUCAAUGCCCCGACCUUCACGGAUCAUGCAGGGUCUAUUGGCAGUGUUCAAUACCAGCUACACAGCGGGGUCCUUCACAUAGGGAAGGUUGUAACGGCAGGCCACUACCAAGCCUUCUAUAUCCCCGGGGAUGCCGCAGAUCUGUGGGCGUCUCAUAUGAUACACGAUGACGGGAAGGCUGCAACCACAGGGUCAGUGUGUGCAUUCAUGCCGACCGUCUACCUCUCGAGACGGCCGCGGAGACAGGGUAUCUCACUGAUCGUGGGUCUUGGCGACUACUCCGGUGGCGAGCUUGCCGUGGAGGGCAACACGCAUGACAUCAGGUAUAGGCCGCUCGAGUUCAAUGGGUGGACGCAAAGACAUUGGACACAGCCCUUUGUGGGAGAGCGCUUCUCCUUGGUGUGGUUCACACCUGCAGGCUGUGAAGCAAAACCUGGCCUUGAGCUGUUCGAGACUAUUGCACGUAGUGAGAGCAUUCCUCCCACUGUGCCAUCGUCGCUGUCCACACCUUCCGCAUCAUUUUGCCUGGCUCCGUUGACCCGUCUUUACAAUGGUUUGGAGAUCCCACGCCUCGGCUUCGGCACUUGGCAACUUCAGGCGGAGGGCUCGUCCCUUUCUUGUGAGAAGGCCAUAGUCAUGGCCUUGGAAGCAGGCUACCGCCUAAUCGAUACUGCAUCCAUCUACAAGAACGAGACGGCUGUAGGUCAAGCCCUGCGAGAUUGGCCUGGAGGCUCAGGUGUCUUUGUGUGCUCGAAGUGUUCGCCGUACGAAAUGGGAUACCAAAGAGCACGAGAUGCCUGCUACAAGUCUCUUGAGCGGCUGGGUCGAGACUGCUUGGACUUGUACCUCAUCCACUGGCCAGCGCUGCCCAAGAAGCCGCAUUCAUCUCCAGAGCACCGCCGUGCUCGAAUCGAGACUUGGAAAGCGCUGGAGGACCUCUACAGGCAGGGCAUCGUGCGAGCGAUUGGCGUCAGCAACUUUACGGCCCAACAUUUGCAGCAGCUGGAGGAGGAUGGAGCGCAAGUGAUGCCCAUGGUGAAUCAAAUUGAAGUGCAUCCUUUGUAUAUACCGAAGACGACCAUUCAGUUCUGUCGAUCAAACAACAUCGUGGUUGAGGCAUAUGCCCCGCUCGGGGGUGGCCCUUCGAGCAACGUUGGUAAAUCCACUGCGGGUGAAGUGGACGGCACAAAGCUUCUUCUGGGCCACCCCGAAAUUGGCAAGAUCGCCAGCGAAACCUGCCGGACUCCUGCUCAAGUCGUCUUGCGCUGGGCCUUGCAGCAGGACUUGCUUGUGAUUCCUCGAAGCAGCAAUGCUUCGCGAAUCCGGGAGAAUGCAGCCCUGUUUGACUUCGAAUUGUCUGAAGAUCAGCUUUGCCGAAUGGAAGACGCUUGGUAA